AUGGUCGCGGGCGGCGCGGGCGCUCAGGCCGCGAGGCCGCCCAUUCCCCGGGCGGCCCACGCCAGCUGCUGCUUUUCCGGGGCCGGAGCGGACUCUCGGAGAGGCUGGGUCAAGGCUGCGGCGCCGCGCCGGGGCGGAGCUUCCUCCCGCGGCCGUGGCCCUCCCAGACGCGCCCCGCCGCCCGCCGGGCCGGCCGCCCGCGCUCCUCCCCGCCAGGCUUCACGGGCGACGUCAGCGGCGGACGCGCGGCGGGCGGGCUCUCGCCGCGGCCUGAGGCCGGGUCCUCCCGCGUCGCGCCGCCCACGCCGAGGGCCGCGGUGGGCAGGUCGUGCGACAGGGAGCCAGGGGCGCGCUUCUUUUGUCUUCUCUUCCCCCAGCCCCCAAGUUUGGAAAAGUUUUCCUUUUGGGAAAGCCCCUCUCGCCUGCCUGCUGGCAGGUGCCGGAUUGGUCAGCCCGGGAGGAUUCCCCUCUGGGCCGAGCCCCCCAUGGCGGAGCGGGGGCGGGGGGCCUUGGGAAGGGGAUCCGCUCCACCCGGAGCGAGGGGUGGAGGAUAAGCCUGUCAUACUGGAACGAGUUCAAGUGUUCACUCUCCUUACAUGGGGUCUGCUUCUCUCCCUCUUCUUUAUUUCCGUAGGUAUGUUUGUAGAGAAACGGAAAAAUAAUCUUGAGAGAGUCCAUCCAUCUGACUCCAGUGUUCCUCUGGGAUUCCUGAACUGCUUCAUCAAUCUAGAUGUGUGUCUGGGAUUCAAAGGAGAGAUGCAGAUAGAAAAGCAGACUUGUCCUGGUGAGAUGACUGGCUCUCUCUGUUGAG